UCUGCUUGCGUUUGCUUUAAACAUUUUGUUCGGUUAUUAUUAUUUAUUUAUUUAUUUAUUUAUUUUAAACGACAUUUGAUAUGAAGUAAAAAGCGCGUGUCACCGUUGUGCUGUGUGGAGCACCAAUCAGCCACAGAUUGUCAUAAUGUUGGCCCGCAAAGGCCUUUUGUCUGAUGGUUUCCUUUUAACACGACUCGCAGAGGAUGCCACACAACCCAGUCGCAUCCGACCAAAGUCACAGAGGGCACGUUUCAUCACCAAGAGCGGGUCUUGUAAUGUUGCCCACAAGAAUAUACGAGAACAGGGCCGGUUCCUCCAAGAUGUUUUCACCACCAUGGUGGACCUCAAAUGGCAGCAUUCCCUGCUCAUCUUCACUUCGGCGUUCCUCUGCUCCUGGAUGCUCUUUGCCAUGGUGUGGUGGCUCUUAGCAUUCGCCCACGGCGAUCUGGAGCCUCGAGAUCCCAACGAGCCUGGACCUGUGCCAUGUGUCACUUCCAUUCACUCCUUCACCUCUGCCUUUCUGUUCUCUAUCGAGGUGCAGGUGACUAUUGGUUUUGGAGGACGAAUGGUGACUGAGGAAUGUCCACUGGCCAUCAUAGUCCUCAUUAUCCAGAACAUUCUGGGCUUGAUCAUCAAUGCCAUCAUGCUGGGCUGUGUUUUCAUGAAGACAGCUCAAGCCAACCGGAGAGCAGAGACCCUCAUCUUCUCGCGUAACGCAGUCAUUGCACCGCGAAACGGCCGACCAACGUUCAUGUUCCGUGUCGGGGAUCUGAGGAAGAGCAUGAUCAUCUCGGCCACCAUACAGCUGCAGGUGAUUCGGCGGACAGUGACUGCGGAGGGUGAGGUGAUUCCUGUUUGCCAGCUUGAUAUCCAGGUGGAAAACCCUCUCAGGAGCAAUGGCAUAUUCCUGGUCUCGCCACUUAUAAUCAGUCACACCAUUGACAGAGGAAGUCCGCUGUACGAGGUCUCAGCACAGUCACUGGCUACCGAAGACCUGGAGAUCAUUGUCAUUUUGGAAGGUGUUGUUGAGACCACUGGCAUCACAAUGCAGGCCCGCACAUCCUACACACCAGAGGAGAUCUUGUGGGGUCGGCGCUUCGUCUCCAUUAUGACAGAGGAGGAUGGGCGCUACUCUGUCGACUACUCCAAAUUUGGAAACACCGUCCCAGUCCGCAUGCCGGCUCUCAGUGCUAAGGAGCUGGACCACACCAGAGGUGUGCAAGACAGUGGACCCCACGAGGGUAAACCUCAGGGCUGGGGGCUGGUGAGGGCAGGACGGGGUGGUUACAGGAGGGGUGGUGGCAGGGCCUGCGAUGACAUGACAGCCAAGCCUUGGUACGUGCAAACAGAGAAGGAGGAGGAGAAGAAGGGUCAAAAGAAAACAGUGAAACUUGAGGAAAUAGGCAGAGAGAUGGAAGAAGAAACAAUGGAGGACAUGAGUGAUUAGAACAAAAACAUUUAUUUGGUUUUCCAGAUAUGGAAGUAGAAAUAACAGCAGUUACUUAUAACUAGUUUGCUUGAAGGGUUAGUUCACCCGAAAAAUUCUGUCAAUAUUUACUCACCCUCAUGUCGUUCCAAACUCACAAGGCUUGGAUUAAACCGCUUAAUCCAUAUGCCUUUUUUUUUCUUUUUUUUUUUUUACACCUUCUUUAUAACCUUUUGAUUUUUGUUACCUGGUCUUGUAAUGGGUGGACAGAAGUAUUGGAGGUUUUAUUCAAAAUACCUUAAUUUGUGUUUCGAAGAUUCGCCAAAGUCUUAUUGGUUCGGAACAACAUGAGGGUGAGGAAAUGAUGACAGAAUUUUUGGUAAACUAUAUCUUUCAUAGUCAAGAAUGUUAUAAAUAAUAGUCUCAAAUAGGUUUUAUACUACGCAUUGUUUUGUAAACUGUCAAAACUUGCACAUCUGCGGCAUUGUUUUUGAUUACCUCUGAGAAUUUCUUGUUGAUUUUGUCCUUUUCUGCCAGCAAUAUAAUGAAUUUUAGGAUUGUUUUAACCGAAAAUGUGCUAUCUUGGCAGUACUGGUCAAGAUAUGGACCAUAGUUAGGGUAGAUGCCAUAAUUUGUUCAGUGAGAAUUAAAAGCAGGUUGUGGUUGAUAGAAGUUAAGUCAAUACACAUGACACAUUAAACAUGACUAAAAACUUUAACACUGCACAAACGAUUUAACAGAAUGGGUUUCUAUUUGCCACAGCUUUGUUUUUAUUCACGUCAAAUUAAAUAUGGCAUAUACCUCAAUUAAAAUGUAUUAUUGCCGCUGUUAAAGCAAACAAGUGACAGUUGUACAGUAUGUUUGCAUGUUGGGUUUUGAUACCAUAACCCUUUUAAAAAUAUUCUUUGCCUUUUUGUGUUCUCAUCUUGUUUUCUGAGAUGAGAUGUGUUUAUGUUUUGAGUUUUAGAUUGUUCCCAACCUGUAUGACCUGACCCUAAAAUAGAACAUUUUGAAGAAUGUUAGUAACCAGAAAGGUUUGAUUCCCUUUGACUUCCAUCUUUGUAAUUCAUUGGGAACCAAAACUGUUUAAUUACCAACAUUCUUUAAAAGAAGAUAUUUGGUAUCUAAACCGUUUCAGUUCCAUUGACUACAAUUGUAUAGAUAAAUAAUACAAUGCAAGUCAAUGGGAACCAGUCAAUGGGAAUCAUUUACUCACACUCAUGUUAUUCCAAACCUGUAUGUCUUCUGUGGAACACACACACUCAAACAGAUAUUUUGAAGAAUGCUGGUAACCAAACAGUAUUGGUUCUCUUUGACUUAUAUUGUUUUUUUUUUUUAUUCAUACAGUGGAAGUAAAUGGAAACUGAAACCAUUUUGUUACAAACAUUAUUCAAAAUAUCUUCCACAUUCCACAGCAGAAAGAAAGUCAUACAAGUUUGGAAUGACAUGAUGGUGAGAAAAUAAUAGAAAAAUUGUAAUUUUUGGGUGGACUAUCCCUUUAAUGUGGCUAUCAUAGUUGUUUAGUUUGUAAGAGUUUACAUAUUGUGUUUACCUUGUGUGGGCUUGUGCAAUUAUGUGUUGUGAACUAGAGGACCUGAACUCCUAAAACACAUUGCAUCAUGAACUAAUGACUCUAAUGUAAAUGUGACCAUUAGAGAAUACAUUCCAUGUUGAUUUAACUGUUUAAAUAUCUGUGGGUUUAUUUAUUUUGUGUAUUUCACAUAUUUAAUAAAGUAAAUUACAUUUUAUAUAUCUAA